ACUUUUUCUUUUCUCACAAGGCUGCGGUGCAGUUUCCCAUUCAGGGGUAACGGAUAACGGAUCCUGCUGCACAAACUGGACAAGAAUCCGGGCUGGAAAAAAUCUCAAGAACUUUAAGCGGUCACCCUGAAGUGAAGCCGGACCGGACGAGUGGAGCUCGGGAACGUCCAGGCGAUAAGUGCCUGUUAAGAGUGAGGACUGUAUGGGGCCAAUGGGGGCUUGGACGUUGGCCAGGGUAUUAGUGGGGUGGACUGCCGUCUACUGGGCAGCUGUCCAGACGGUGCAGGGCCAGGAAGAUGGAGGUCUGCAGGCCAGCCGCUUCAAUGGAAAACCGGAGGGAGAGAUCCAGCAGAGGGUCCGGAGGAGAGGACAGGAUUCCCUGAGGGGGCCCAAUGUGUGUGGUUCCCGAUUCCACUCUUACUGCUGUCCGGGAUGGAAGACUCUGCCUGGGGGCAACCAGUGCAUAGUCCCCAUCUGCAGGAACACUUGUGGGGAUGGUUUCUGCUCUAGGCCCAACAUGUGUACCUGCUCCAGUGGUCACCUUGCCCCCAGCUGUGGGGCAGCAGCUGCCGCAGUCCAGUCCUGCAGUGUCCGCUGUAUGAACGGAGGAGCCUGUAAUGAUGAUUCCUGCGUGUGUCAGAAGGGCUACACUGGAAAUCACUGUGGCCAGCCUGUGUGCGAGAGCGGGUGUCAGAAUGGAGGCCGCUGCAUCGGGCCUAACAGAUGUGCGUGUGUCUAUGGAUUCACUGGUCCACAGUGUGAGAGAGACUACCGGACUGGUCCUUGCUUCACUCAGGUCAACAAUCAGAUGUGCCAGGGCCAGCUGAGUGGUAUCGUCUGCACCAAGACAUUGUGUUGCGCCACCAUUGGCCGAGCCUGGGGUCAUCCUUGUGAGGUGUGUCCUGCCCAGCCGCAUCCCUGCCGCAGAGGAUUCAUCCCCAACAUCCGCAGUGGAGCCUGCCAAGAUGUGGACGAGUGCCAGGCUAUCCCUGGGCUGUGCGCUGGGGGCAACUGUAUUAACACCGUAGGCUCGUAUGAGUGUAAGUGUCCAGCAGGCCAUCGACAGAGCGAGACCAACCAGAAAUGUGAAGAUAUUGAUGAGUGCGCAUUGCCCGGCCUGUGUGAUGGUGGAGAAUGCACAAACACUGCAGGCAGCUAUGUUUGCACCUGCCCACGCGGCUACGUCAGCAGUGCAGAUGGGUCCAGAUGCAUAGACCAGCGGAUUGGCACGUGUUUCUCUGCUCUGGCUAAUGGCCGCUGUGCUGCGGAGCUGACUGGUCAGUUCAGUAAGAUGCAGUGCUGCUGUGAUUUGGGACGCUGCUGGGCUCUCGGCCACAUUCCAGAGAUGUGUCCAGUACGGGGAUCCGAUGAGUAUCGGAGACUGUGUAUCGAGGGAAUUCCUUUCAGAACUGGUGGAAAUGGCGGUUUUGGUGGUAAUGGAGGUAAUGGAGGAGAAUAUGGAGUGAAAUGGCCGGGACAGAAUGGAAACGGUGGUGCUUACAUCACCAACAUUGGAGGAGGCAGGAUUGAAAAUGGGAAUGGUGGUGGCCCUCCUAUUAUUGGUCCUCUGUCUCGGAAUGACAGCUCCACCAUCGAUGUGUGCAAGCACUUCACCAACCUGUGUCUGAACGGCCGCUGUAUCCCCACCACCGCCAGCUACCGCUGCGAAUGUAACAUGGGCUACAGGCAGGACAUGCGUGGGGAGUGUAUCGAUGUGGAUGAAUGUAUCAGUAAUCCCUGUGUGAAUGGGGACUGUGUUAACACUCAGGGAUCGUACCACUGCAAAUGUCACGAGGGUUACCAGGGCACUGCCACCAAACAGGCCUGUAUCGAUAUUGAUGAGUGUAUUGUAAAUGGAGUCAUGUGUCGUAACGGCCGCUGUGUGAACACGGACGGAAGCUUCCAGUGCAUCUGCAACGCUGGCUUUGACCUUAGCCCUGAUGGCAAAAACUGUAUAGAUCAUGAUGAAUGUGCCACCACCAACAUGUGUCUCAAUGGCAUGUGCAUCAAUGAAGACGGCAGCUUUAAGUGCAUCUGUAAACAGGGCUUUGCUCUGGCACCAAAUGGACGCUAUUGCACAGAUAUCGAUGAGUGCCAGACGCCGGGCAUCUGCAUGAACGGACGCUGCAUUAACUCUGAGGGCUCUUUCCACUGCGAGUGUCCACCUGGCCUGGCCAUCGAUGUGGACGGGCGAGUUUGUGUGGACACACACAUGCGGACCACCUGCUACGGGGCCAUUAAGAUGGGCACCUGCUCGCGCCCCUUCCCAGGAGCUGUGACCAAGUCUGAGUGCUGCUGCGCCAACCCUGAACAUGGCUUUGGCCAGCCGUGCCAACCGUGUCCUGCCCGCAACUCCGCGGAGUUCCAGGCAGUGUGUAGCAGUGGAAUUGGCAUCACAACAGAUGGAAGAGAUAUUAACGAGUGUGCUCUGGACCCGGAGAUCUGCCAGAACGGGAUGUGUGAGAACCUGCUGGGAAGUUACCGCUGCAUCUGCAACAUUGGCUAUGAGUCGGACUCCAGUGGCAAGAACUGCGUGGACAUUAACGAGUGUUUAGUGAACCGGCUGCUGUGUGAUAACGGGCUGUGCAGGAACACACCGGGGAGCUUCACCUGCUCCUGUCCCAAAGGCUUCGUCUUCAAGGCCGACUCAGAGACAUGCGAAGACAUUAACGAGUGUGAGUCCAGUCCCUGUGUGAACGGAAUCUGCCGGAACCUGGCUGGUUCCUUUACCUGCGAGUGUUCUCAUGGCAGCAAGCUGGACUCAACCAACACCGUCUGCGUGGACAGUAUGAAAGGAACCUGCUGGCUGAAUAUUCAGGACAACCGCUGUGAGGUGAACAUUAACGGAGCCACACUUAAAUCAGAGUGCUGCUCCACUCUGGGUGCUGCAUGGGGAAGUCCAUGUGAACGCUGUGAAGUUGACACUGCCUGCCCUCGCGGCCUCGCGCGGAUGAAGGGGCUUAUCUGUGAAGAUAUUAACGAGUGUGAGGUGUUCCCGGGUGUGUGUAGCAACGGUGUCUGUGUGAACACACACGGCUCCUUCCGCUGUGAAUGUGCCGAGGGGCUCACGCUGGACGAGGGUGGACGCACCUGCGUAGAUGUCCGCAGUGAGCACUGCUAUAUGAAGUGGGAUGAGGAUGAGUGUGGAGAGCCGCUGCCGGGCCGAUACAGAGUGGAUAUGUGCUGUUGCUCUGUGGGGGCUGCUUGGGGGCUGGAGUGCGAGUCUUGUCCCAAACCUGGAACACCGGAAUACCGGACCAUCUGCCCCAGAGGGCCUGGAUUCGCCAACCGGGGGGAUAUUCUCACUGGAAGACCCUUCUAUAAAGAUGUGAACGAGUGUAAGGUGUUUAAGGGCCUCUGCACACAUGGAACAUGCCGGAACACUAUCGGCAGCUUCAAGUGUCGCUGCAACAACGGCUUUGCUCUGACCAUGGAGGAGAGAAACUGCACAGACAUCGAUGAGUGCGCUAUCUCUCCUGACCUGUGCGGUCAAGGCACCUGUGUGAACACACCGGGCAGCUUCGAGUGUGAGUGCUUUGAAGGCUAUGAGAGCGGCUUUAUGAUGAUGAAGAACUGCAUGGACAUUGAUGAAUGUGAGAGAGACCCCCUGCUGUGUCGUGGAGGAACCUGUCUCAACACUGAGGGCAGUUAUGAGUGUGAAUGCCCGAGAGGUCACCAGCUCAGCCCUGGGGGAUCAUCCUGUGAAGAUGUGAACGAGUGUGAACUGAGUGAUAACCUGUGUAGGAAUGGGCAGUGUGUGAACAUGGUGGGCUCAUAUCAGUGCUCGUGCGACACUGGCUAUCAGGUCACUCCGGACAGACAGGGCUGUGUGGAUAUUGAUGAGUGCACCAUUAUGAAUGGAGGCUGUGACACACACUGCACCAACUCUGAGGGCAGCUAUGAGUGCAGCUGCAGUGAAGGAUAUGCUCUGAUGCCUGACCUCCGAACUUGUGCUGAUAUCGAUGAGUGUGAGGACACCCCUGACAUCUGUGACGGUGGUCAGUGCACGAACAUCCCGGGAGAGUAUCGCUGUCUCUGCUUUGAUGGCUUUAUGUCCACCAUGGACAUGCGAACCUGCGAAGAUGUCAAUGAGUGUGACCUGAACCCCAACAUCUGUCUUCAUGGCGACUGUGAGAACACCAAGGGCUCCUUCAUCUGUCACUGCCAGCUGGGCUACUUUGUGAAGAAGGGCUCCACCGGCUGUACAGAUGUUGAUGAAUGUGAGAUUGGAGCUCAUAACUGUGACAUGCAUGCUGCCUGCGUUAACGUUCCUGGAAGCUUCAAAUGCCGCUGCAGAGACGGCUGGGUGGGAGAUGGCAUCAAGUGUGUGGAUCUGGAUGAGUGUUCCACAGAGGAGCACAGCUGUAACCCUAAUGCUAACUGUGUGAACACUCCGGGAUCCUACCGCUGUGCCUGCAAAGAGGGCUUCAAUGGAGACGGCUUUUCCUGCUCUGAUAUGGAUGAGUGUGCAGAGAAUGUGAACCUGUGUGAGAACGGUCAGUGUCUGAACACACCUGGAGGCUAUCGCUGCGAGUGUGAGAUGGGUUUCACUCCCACUGAGGACACCAAGGCCUGUCAAGACAUUGACGAGUGCAACUUCCAGAACAUCUGUGUGUUUGGAUCGUGCCAGAAUUUGCCGGGGAUGUUCCGGUGUGUGUGUGACGAUGGAUAUGAGUUGGACCGCAGUGGAGGAAACUGUACAGAUGUCAAUGAGUGUGCUGACCCAGUGAACUGCAUUAAUGGGCUGUGUGUGAACAUGCCUGGCAGCUACCUGUGUAACUGUCCUGCAGACUUUGAGCUGAAUCCCACGGGAGUGGGCUGUGUGGACACCCGGGUGGGCAACUGUUUCUUGGACACACUGGAUCGUGGUGACGGAGGAAUCUCCUGUAGCGCUGAAAUCGGAGUGGGCGUGACCCGAGCGUCCUGCUGCUGCUCUCUGGGAGGAGCCUGGGGAAACCCUUGUGAACUUUGCCCCCCUGUGAACUCCACCGAGUAUAAAACUCUGUGUCCUGGAGGAGAGGGCUUCAGACCCAACCCCAUCACAGUCAUCCUGGAGGAUAUUGAUGAAUGUCAGGAGUUGCCGGGUCUGUGCCAGGGCGGUAACUGUGUGAACACCUUUGGCAGUUUUCAGUGCGAGUGUCCAGCAGGUUAUUACCUGAAUGAGGAGACGCGCAUCUGUGAAGAUAUUGACGAGUGCACAGCCCACAUUGGCAUCUGUGGUCCAGGAACCUGCUACAACACCCUGGGCAACUACACCUGCGUCUGCCCCCCAGAGUACAUGCAGGUCAACGGAGGAAACAACUGCAUGGACAUGAGGAAGAGUGUGUGCUACCGGAACUUUAACGACACCUGUGAGAACGAGCUAUCCUUCAACAUGACCAAGAAAAUGUGCUGCUGUGCUUAUAAUGUGGGGAAGGCCUGGAACAAACCCUGUGAAGCCUGUCCAACUCCAGCUACCUCUGAGUAUCAGCUCCUGUGUGGUAAUCAGGCUCCAGGCUUCAUCAUUGAUAUUCACACUGGAAAACCCAUCGAUAUCGAUGAGUGCCGGGAGAUCCCAGGGAUCUGCGCCAACGGAGUGUGCAUCAAUCAGAUCGGGAGCUUCCGCUGCGAGUGUCCUAUGGGCUUCAGUUACAACAACAUUUUGCUCAUCUGUGAAGAUAUCGAUGAGUGUAACAGCGGGGAUAACCUGUGUCAGCGGAAUGCCAACUGCAUCAACAUUCCCGGGAGCUACCGCUGCGAGUGUUCACCCGGCUUCAAGCUGUCCCCCAGCGGAGCCUGCGUGGAUCGUAAUGAAUGUAAGGAAAAGCCCAAUGUGUGCAGCCAUGGAGACUGUAUCGACAUGCAGGGCAGCUACCGCUGUCUGUGCCACAACGGCUUCAAGGCCACAGCCGACCAGACCAUGUGCAUGGAUAUUGAUGAGUGUGAGAGGCAGCCGUGUGGUAACGGAACAUGUAAGAACACUGUGGGCUCUUAUAACUGCCUGUGCUUCCCUGGCUUUGAGCUCACACACAACAACGACUGCAUGGAUGUGGAUGAGUGCACUACACUGUCCGGUCAGGUCUGCAGACAUGGUCAGUGCAUCAACAGCCUGGGCUCCUUCCAGUGCCUGUGUCAGGAAGGCUAUGAGCUCACCCCUGAUAAUAAGAACUGUGCAGAUGUAAAUGAGUGUGUGACGUUCCCUGGCACCUGCUCUCCUGGUACCUGUCAGAAUCUGGUAGGCUCCUUCCGCUGCAUCUGUCCCCCAGGCUACGCUGUGCAGAAUGACCAGUGUAUUGACAUUAAUGACUGUGAGGUUGAACCCAACAUCUGUCAGUUUGGCACCUGCAUUAACACCCCAGGGAGCUUCCAGUGUAUCUGUCAGCCCGGUUUCGUUCUGUCUGAUAACGGUCGCCGCUGCUUCGAUACGCGGGAGAGUUUCUGCUUCACACGAUUCGAGGCUGGAAAAUGCUCCGUACCCAAAGCUCUGAACACCACCAAGGCAAAGUGCUGCUGCAGCAAGAUGCCUGGAGAAGGCUGGGGUGACCCCUGUGAACUCUGCCCCCGCGAGAAUGAGGCUGGCUUUAAUGCACUGUGUCCCUACGGUCAUGGAACGCUGCCUGGACCAGGAGACGGUCGAGAGGAUAUGAACGAGUGUCUGGAUAACCCUGGCAUCUGUGUAAACGGAAUGUGUAUAAACACAGACGGCUCCUUCCGCUGUGAAUGUCCAUUCGGCUACAACCUGGACUACACAGGGGUCAACUGUGUUGAUACGGAUGAGUGUUCGAUUGGAAACCCGUGUGGUAAUGGAACCUGCACUAAUGUGGUGGGAGGAUUCGAGUGUUCCUGUCAGGAAGGAUUCGAGCCUGGGCCCAUGAUGACCUGUGAAGAUAUUAAUGAGUGUUCGCUGAACCCUCUGCUGUGUGCAUUCCGCUGUGUGAACACAUUCGGCUCCUACGAGUGUAUGUGUCCUGCUGGCUACGUGCUGAGGGAUGAUCAGAGGAUGUGCCGAGAUCAGGACGAGUGUACAGAGGGAUUAGAUGACUGUGCCAGUCGAGGAAUGGCCUGUAAAAACCUAAUCGGCACCUUCAUGUGUAUCUGUCCCCCUGGCAUGACCCGCCGUCCUGAUGGAGAAGGCUGCAUGGACCUGAACGAGUGCCGCACUAAGCCGGGUCUGUGUAAGAACGGCCGCUGUGUGAACACCGUGGGCAGUUACCGCUGCGAGUGCAGUGAAGGGUUCGAGCCGAGCGCCACCGGCACCGAGUGCAUCGAUAAUCGUCAGGGAUUCUGUUUCACUGAGGUUCUGCAGACCAUGUGCCAGCAGGGCUCCACUAACCGCAACAGCGUCACCAAGUCUGAGUGCUGCUGUAACGGAGGCCGAGGCUGGGGUCCGCAGUGUGAGCUGUGUCCGCUGCCUGGUACCGUACAGUACAAGAAGAUGUGUCCUCUGGGUCCAGGGUACACCACUGACGGCAGGGAUAUUAAUGAGUGUGAGGUGUUGCCCAACCUGUGUAAGAACGGCCAGUGCAUCAACAGCGUGGGCUCCUUCCGCUGCCACUGCAACGUGGGAUACACAAACGACUUCAGCGGGACGUCCUGCAUUGACCUGGAUGAGUGUUCCCAGUCUCCUAAGCCAUGUAACUUCUUGUGUAAGAACACAGAGGGCAGUUACCUGUGCUCUUGCCCCCGUGGAUACAUCCUGCAGCCAGAUGGAAAGACCUGCAAAGACUUGGACGAAUGCUCCACCAAGCAACAUAACUGUCAGUUCCUGUGUGUGAACACCAUCGGAGGCUUCACCUGUAAAUGUCCUUCUGGAUUCACUCAGCACCAGACUGCCUGCAUUGAUAACAACGAGUGUACGAACCAGCCGAGUGUGUGUGGGUCGCGGGCGUCCUGCCUCAACACCCCCGGCAGCUUCAACUGCGAGUGUCAGAAGGGCUUUUCUCUGGACGGCACCGGAGUGGAGUGUGAAGAUGUUGACGAGUGCACCGGUAACCACAGAUGCCAGCACGGCUGUCAGAACAUGCUGGGUGGGUUCCGCUGCGGCUGCCCACAGGGUUACGUUCAGCACUACCAGUGGAACCAGUGUGUGGAUGAGAACGAGUGUUCAGGCAACCAGGUGUGUGGAUCUGCCUCAUGCUAUAACACCCUGGGCAGCUACAAGUGUGUGUGUCCGUCCGGAUUUGACUUCCAGGCCGGUGCCGGUGGGUGUCAGGACAUUAACGAGUGCUCCAUGGGCAGCAACCCGUGCAGCUUCGGCUGCUCCAACACAGACGGAGGAUACCUGUGCGGCUGCCCAGGAGGAUUCUACAGAGCAGGACAGGGGCACUGUAUCACAGGAGCAGGCUUCCAGGGCCAAUUCAGCUCUGAGGGAGACGAGGAGAGCGCACUCUCCCCAGAAACCUGCUACGAGUGUAAGAUCAACGGAGAUGUGGGCAAGGGCGGCCGCCACAGACGCAAUGCUGCGGAUAACGAGCUCAAGGAUUCUGUGAGUCUGGCCAGUGUGGACACUCAAACCUCCAUCCCCAUGAACCUGUCCCUGGCAUCGCUGCAGAAUAAGGAGCCUCUGCUGGAGCUGCUCCCGGCCCUCGAGCCACUGGAGCACCACGUGCGCUACGUCAUCACCCACGGCAACCAGGGCGAGCACUUCCGGCUGCUGGAGCGCCGGGACGGUAAGAGCGUCCUGCGUCUGGGCCGGAAGCUUCCUCCUCCGGGCUCGUACAGGCUGGAGAUCGCCUCUCUCCCGCUGUUCGGCCCGCGCAAGCUCAGGGAGCUGGAGGACCAACACGACAGCGACUACCUGCUGGGGGAGAUCGGAGACGCCCUGCGCAUCAAACUGCACAUUCACCUGCACUGAGCGCCAGCCGCAGAGACUGCCUGACCUUCGACCCCAGAUUAAUAACCCCAGUCCCAACCCUAUAGCGCAGGGGUCACCAACCACCAACUGUGCUGCCGGAGGUUUAGCAUCCUGCAGAGUUCAGCUCCUGCCCUUUCCUACGCACCUGAUCCAGCGAAUAUGUGAAGAACUUAUUGGGGGACUAUUAAGUGCGUGUUCCAGCUUCUGUAGUUUGUUGGGCUAAUUUAAGAUAUUUUCACAUUGUUCUGAAGUCAGAAGUACAACAGAUAGCAGUUACAGAAAAACCUUAUAUCAUAGAUGUUGGAAAGGCAUUUUAAUAGAUACAUUUCCAGUCACUACAGACUGUGUACUGCUAGCAAGUGUCCUCAGAAGUCACAAAUUAGCCGGAUCAGGUGUGUAAGACCUGGGUUGGAAGUGAAAUCUGCAGGAAAAUAGGUUGGUGACCAUCUCUAUAGCGCUUUAUGCUGAGGAACUGCCUUAUUCACUACCACACACUGUUUCCCCCUUCCUCAGAGUUUCCUGGCUCCAGUCCUGGAAUAUUAUUAAACCCAUAUCCCACCUUUAUGCCAAAGCAUUACAGUCAAACAAGGAGGCUUCUGUUCACCUUCCUAAUUAGGCCGGCAUGGAGAGACAGAGGCUCAUUAGCAACAACUGCUGUCAGAGCGACCAUCUGACACGUUAGCGGCGAUGGCAUUGGCUGUAAAAUUCUCAGCACGACCCAAAAAGGACCCUGAAACCUGGUGCCAAAUUUUUGAUGCUUCGUCUCUAUAAUUUAGGACAAUCCAGUAUUUCUUUCAGAAUCUAACCUAGUGCCUAUAUCAGCCUUUUCGUGCACAUGAAACCAAUGACGUACGUGUCUUGUGUAAUAUUAAGAAUUAUAUUGAUUUUUUUAUUUUUUUUUAUUUUGUAUCUUUUCAGAGAUAACCCAAACAACCACUGACCUUUCUGUAGCCUAAUCUCAGUGACCACUGGGGUCAAAGGGUGUUCCGUUCAGUAUUGAGUCACUUGUAAUGGAUUGUACUGUUUAAAAAAAAAAAAAAGAGAAAGAAAAAAAAAGUCACACGAAGGACUGCAACAACAAUCACAACUUUUCAGGUAAAAAGGGGAGUUGAACAGGCUUUACGGUGGGGAGACCCACCCUGCUGCUGGAGGCACACCUUACCUGCCAGAACUUUUAAAACUCUGUAGUCAGGUGGUGCUCCAGAAGCAGGCUUAGGUACUCCUGCCUCACAAACAUCAUUACAUUUGGCUUUUACCUCAUAGAGGAACAGUCUGGUAGGAAAUCUCACUUCUACAGUGCCUUCUUUAUACUGUUCCCUCAAACGUAGUUGAUCAGCCAAGAGAUGUUUGACAUGAGGUAGACAGAUCAACAGAUACACCAAUGAGCCAAAACAUUAAGACCACUUACAGAUGAAGACAAACAUAACAUUGACAGUCAAGCUCUGGGAUGUAUCAUAGACAGCAAUUAAACAGACAUUUAGCUGUGUCAGUUGUCUGUAUAAUGGCACAUCCCAAAUCUUUCAAUCUGUAAGAGCAAAAAAAGCUUUCAAUCCCAUUUGGAUUGAACCAACAGAAAGACUACUAUGGCACAGGUCACAGAGAAAAAUGUUACAGCUGCUAUUGAGCUGCAGACCAGUAAAAUUGCUUAUUCUAUUCUCUGUCCACAAAUGUUAGUAGUGCCUUCAGUGGGCUCACAAGUCUGGACUGGACCUUGAAGUCAUGGGAGCCAAUGAAGAAGGAAUAAGGUGGCCUGGUUUAAAAAGUCCAUUAUUAUUUUACAUCACUUGGAUGGAUAUAAGUAUGAGUGUGCUGUUUACCUGUGGAAUGCGAUGGACCUGCAGUAGAUCUCUGGUGGAUUCACCUGCCAAGAGUGUAAUUAUCUGCUGGAACAUGUUGGUGUUAUUAAAGAGGUAUUUAGAGUGAGUUGUUGUGGUGGCUGCAGAUGACUAUUAGCAUAUUAGCAAGUCAUUUUUUUUUACUGUUUUGGCUCAAUGGUGUAUAUAGAGUCAAAUGAAUUUAAUUGAUGGAUGGACAUCUACUGAAGGUUUGCUCUUCUGUAAAUUGACAUUAUGUGACAUUUUGGAAUGUUUAAUGAAGACAUUAACAUGUGUUGGCUGAGUGACUACAUUAGAAUUGGGAGAAUAGAUUUUUUUUUUUGCCAAACUUGUUCUUUAAACCAGUGCUUCCCAGUCUCGUCAGCUGAGCUCCAAGCAUUCCUGUGUUCUCCCAGCUCCAAAACAUCUGACUCAGCACAUUCUGGAAACAACACCAAAUGAGCUGAAUCAUAAAAUCGAGCAAAUGAACAGGACUGAUACAGAAAAGCACUGAUUACACAUCCUCUUACAUCAGGAGAACUUUCAGGGGAGUGUUUGCAUGUGCUGUUGCAUCCCCAAACCUCAGCUGGUAAGACAAUAGCAUGGUUAAAAUAGUGGUGCUAUGGAACUGUGGUACACUUCAGGGAGAUCCACACACACACACAAACACACACACACUUCUAUAAUUCAUGGGUGUGGCACGGCUAGCUUUUAUUCCCUGUCACAAGGUGGACCAAACCAAUGCUGCCCAUUAAAUGUUUGGGAACACAGUAACUUAUCUAAGAAUAAUACAAUAUAGGAUAGCUCAGUGAAUAUGAUCUGUCCUCUUAUUUAAUAAUGAAAACUUUUUGACCAAAAUGGCAAAAAUGAUGACCAAAAUAAAGCCAAUAUACACUCAAGUUGUCCCCAAACGUUUGAGAAGGCAGUGUACCGGUCAACCCUGAGCCGGAGGGGAACUCCAGGCUGUGAACAGGAGAGUAAGCUCAGCUGUACCUGACCGAUUCCUCAGGUGAGCCGUGCUCAAACACUCCACACACUUUCACACAUCAGCAAACAUCCAACCAAACCUCCACGAAGAAGCCGGUCAGUUCAGCUCCCUUUCAUCUUUCUCUCUCUCUUUUUUCUCUCAAGGAAAAAAUAGGUGCUAAAGGACUCCAAAAAACAAACGCUGUACUAAAAAUAGAUGCAGUCUUGAUUCACGGAUUGCAAUCGUGACGUUUUAUUUUUUUUAUUAUUUUGUUUUGCUUUUGUUUUGUGUCUGUCUGUCUUGUGUACUGUCUCAAUGCUGAAAACCAACCAAUAAUACCAAACAGUGCUUUUUUUUGUUAAAAAUUUAAUUGUAUAUUUUAAAGUGAAAUGUAGAUUUCUUUUUCAUUUUUUUUUAAAUUUUAUUUUAUGUUUUUAGUUUUUUGUUAUAAGAGCAUCUAGGCUGUCUAACCAAAUCCAACGCAGGAUAGAAAGAGUUAAGAGGUGCUGUUGACUUCGUUUUCUAGUCCAUUGGCCCGCCAGACACUGAGCGAUGCCAUCACUGUUUACUGUUAUGAUGACACUGUCCUCUUGAAAUAAUGAUGCUGAUGUGGUGUUACUGUCAUUGAUGCGCGGGCGGAUGGAGAACCUGGAGGACGUUUGUUUCUGCCAGAGUUUUUCGUUUGUGUUCUGAUCCCAUCAUCCUGCAGUGUCUGCUCUUUCAUCUCUGGUGCUAAAAAACAACACUAAAGCUUCCUGAACAUCAAGGUUACUGCACUGUACAAACAGCCUGAGCUAUAUUUAUGCAUAACCAUUUGUCUAACAUGGGAACUUUGUAUACUUUUUUUGUAUCUUUUUUUUUUUUUUUUUUUACAUGUUUUUAAUCAUAAUUUUAUUUGCCACUACAUGUAAAAGAACGAAUGUGUGUGUGUGUACUGUAUUUCAACAUCAGCAAACUUGAAACAGCUCUGUCAUCAUCUAAGUUGUGGGAAAAGAGGACUUCAUGAUCUCAUGGACAUUUGAGCCAUAUAUGAACAUCCGCCACACUUCCACUUCACUUGGAAUGAUUGGAAUGAGGAAUUCUUGGAAAAUGUUCAAACAACCUCCUAUUGUAUCACACAACCUUUUUUGUUACGUUUUCUUAACUACGUCUGUAAGAAACACCAAAAUGGCAAUAAAUCAACGUGGGUAAUGUUUUUAAA